AUGGAGAAGAAAUUCAAUUCAUUUCUCUUCUCCAUCAUCUUUUUCGUUUCCAAACUAUUCGUCCCACCACCACCACCAACCAUGGCGGCUGCAGCCGCCAAGAAAAAUAAUACAGUUGCCAUAAAUGUUGGAGUGGUUUUAGACAUGGAUAUAUUCGGGCAGGUGGCAUUAAGUUGCAUAUCGAUGGCUCUUUUGGACUUCUAUGUGUCCCAUGAUCAUUACAAAACUCAAGUUGUCUUAAAUGUUAGAGACUCCAAGGAAGACGUGCUUGUUGCUGCUCUACAGUUUAAAGAGAUCGGUUAUGAUGGAAGGCAAAAUUUGUGGAUUGAUAUUGCUCGUAGAACGACAUAA